GCCCCGGGAUCGAUCGGAGUCCCUUCUCAACCGACGCGACCGCUCGACAGGCGGCCGGUGCUUCUAGCCUUCUACCACAUCACCUCUCGAUCGGUUGAUCCAUCAGCAGCCGCACGCAAGCGGAUCGGGGACUCCUCGUCUCUCUCUCGCGCGCGCGAACGCCUGCCUGCUCCGAUGAGGCUGCUCGUGUGCUUCGGCGGCUCGGCGGCCGUCGUGGACGACGACGCGGCCGGCGGCAUCGAGGCGGCGGUGGUGGCAGCUCGCCGCCGGCGACACCAGCGCGGGUCGUUCCGGGGGAAGUUCUUGUCCGGUAGCAGCAAGGGGAAGACGAAGGAACCGUCGUCGGGGCCGGAGCCGUCGCCGCGGGCGGAGGAGAAGGAGCGGGCGGUGGACGCCGACGACGCCUGGGGCUUGUACACGGCGCCGUCGUCGGUGCCGUCCUCGGCGCUGCUGAGCUCCGAGGCGGCGUCGCUGGACUCGGGCCCGUGCUCGGCGACCUCCCGCUCCUCGGCCUCGGUCUCGGUCUCGGGGGUGCUCUUCCCGCCGCCCGCGCCGAAGCAGGAGGCGAGCAAGGGAUCGUCGACGUCCCCGGCGGCAGGGGCGGUGGCCGUGGUGCUGUGCCUCCUGAUGGUGGUGUUCUGCGGCCGGGUCGGGGCGACGGUGCUCACGUCCACCACGCUCUACCUCUUCCCGCGGCGGUGGCCCGCGAGGCCGACGCAUAAGGAGGGCGGCGUGGAAUCGAUGGAGUGCGACGCCGACAAGGAGACGGCGAACAGGGAAGGUGAUUACGGAAAUACUGAGGUGUUCCUGGUGACGAACCGCAACAGCUGAUCACCGUCAUUUUUUCUUCUCAUUUUUUUGUUUGGAUGAAGGACGAAGAGUUUACAGUGAUAAACCUUUUUUUUUUGUCCAACAAAAGAGUUUAUAUAGUUGAAAAUUUUAGAAAGUUUGAUCAGCAGGAAUUAUAAAACGACAUGUAAUUUAACUAGAGUGAGUAUGCUGUUUAAGACAUUUUGAUAAGGAAAAAGUUCAAAGGUAAAA